AUGUUCGUUCGUCCACUUUUCAUCAGCUGCCUGGCCCUGCUGGCUCUGGCCCAGGCCCGUCCCCAGUACGGUUAUGAGCAGCCCGGUUCCGGCCCCUCGGACAUCUUCAUUGGAGGCAGCGGCGGCGGUGGCAGCAUCGGCGGCAUUGGCGGCAUUGGCGGCGGCCUGGUGGCCAUCCAGCCGCAUCGCGGUGGCGACAAGUACCUGCCACCGGCCAGCACCACACAGGCGCCCAUCAUCAACAAGAAAUUCUAUCUGGUUUCGGCGCCCGAGGACCACAGCAACGAUGGCAAGGUGAAGCACCUGGUUCUGGGACGCCCUCAGAAGAACUAUCGCGUGGUGUUCAUCAAGGCCCCAGCCGGCGAUAAUGCGAAUGUCAAGUAUUCGGCCGAGUUUGCUCCGCAGGAGGAGAAGACCGUCAUCUAUGUGCUGUCCAAGAAGGACAAUGAUCUGGAUGCCACCGAUAUUGCCACACCGGCGCCCACACAGCCCAGCAAACCGGAGGUGUUCUUCAUCAAGUACAAGACCGACGACGAGGCGAAGCAGGCCCAGCACGAGAUCCAGGGACAGUACGACAAGCUGGGCGGCACCAACGAGUACCAGGAGGACAACAAUGCGCCCAUUACCUCGGUGAUCGGCAGCCUGGAUGGCCUCAAUCCCGAUGGCAGCUACAACUACCGCCAGAUCGGCAACCGGCCAUCGAGCGGACCCAACAGCAGCCUGUCGCCCAGUGCCCAGUAUCUGCCCAGUCUGCUCAAGCAUUAA